UUAACUCUGUUUAAAAUAGAUUUGGCCACAUACAGUCAAAUAUGUGUCAAAAUUGAGCUAUUACUACUACUUGUGCCGGAAAAUAACAGUUCCACGGGAAUGGUGGCAAUUGCGAGACAAUGAACUCACAGAGGCAUUUCAUCAAACAGUUGAUAGGCAGGACAAAGAGCCUCCCUCUGCUCUCCGUUGCUAUCUCAUUGGACCUCAGAAUAUGCCUCCCAUUCUCUUCAUCGGCAACGCCCACCGGUACACCAAUCCAAACUCAUCGGAAGAAAAGCCUCUACACCUCGUUUUUCUGCACACUUAUCCAUCUCUUCCUUCGCUGUCAUCGUCUUUCCAGAGCCACGGAAACGUUCUCUUCAAUGAGAAAUUACAAUCUUGUCCCUGACAUUCCUUCAUGGAACCGUCUCUUGCAUCAUUUCAAUUCUGCAGGAUUGGUUGAUCAGGUAAUUAUCCUUUAUUCUGAUAUGCUUGCUUGUGGAGUGGCUUCUAAUGUGGUUACUCGCAAUAUAGUAGUGCAUUCGCUUUGCAAAGUUGGGAAACUGGAAAAAGCGCUUGAAUUACUUAGAGAGAACGAAAGUGACACUGUUACUUAUAACACUUUGAUAUGGGGGUUCUGCAGAAUUGAGUUUGUUGAAAUGGGUUUUGGAUUGCUGUCUGAUAUGUUAAAGAAGGGUGUUUUCAUUGAUACCAUCACUUGUAAUAUAUUAAUUAAGGGGUUUUGUGAUAAGGGUCUUUUGUAUAAUGCAGAAUUGGUGAUGGAAAUGUUGAGUGAUAAACGUAGGGGCGUUUGUAAAGACGUUGUCGGUUUUAACACUCUGAUUGAUGGAUAUUGUAAGGCUGUUGAGAUGAGUGGUGGAUUUGAGAUGAUGGGGAGGAUGAAAAGAGAAGGUUUAUCACCUGACAUUGUUACAUAUAAUACUCUGAUUAAUGGUUUUGGCAUAAUGGGAGAUUUUGAUGCUGCGAAUUGCAUCAUGGAUGAGCUAUUGGACUCUAUUAAAAAUAUAGAUGUUAGUUAUGUCGGUAAUAAAGAAAAACUUGACCAUGAUGAUGGUGAAAAUAAGGGCCUGGUAGUAGGAGACUUGGGUUUAGAACCAAAUACUAUUACAUACACCACAUUAAUUAGUAAAUAUGUUAAGUGGUUUCAGUUUGAGAAAGCAUUAGCUACAUAUGAAGAAAUGACAAGGCUUGGCUUCUUCCAUGACACUGUUACUUAUAAUUGCCUUAUAUAUGGUCUUUGUAAAAAUGGGCAGUUUCAUGAGGCCAAAUUACUUCUUGAUGAGAUGAGAAGAGGGGGGGUGGAUCCUAAUCACAUGACAUACUCUAUCUUUAUUCAUCACUUGUACAAAAAUAAGGCUGAAAAAGUUGCUGCUAACUUCCAAAGUCAAAUAGUGAUUAGAGGAGUGCCUUUCGAUGUUGUCUUGUUUACCACUUUGAUAAAUGGGCUUUUUAAAGUUGGAAAAUCCAGGGAGGCAAAAGACAUGUUUCAGACACUCUUGGAGUGUAACAUAACUCCAAAUCAUAUUACCUAUACUGCAUUGGUUGAUGGGCUCUGCAAAUCUGGUGACUUUAAGAGUGUAGAGAUUUUACUGCAACAAAUGGAACAGAAAGGUGUUUUACCAAAUGUUGUCACAUUCUCUUCUGUAAUUAAUGGUUAUGCCAAAAGUGGAAUGGUUGAGGCAGCUAUUGAAAUAAUGAGGAAAAUGGUAAGCAUAAAUGUUAGCCCUAAUGUUUUCACAUAUAAUACCCUGAUUGAUGGCUGCUUUAAGGCUGGGAAACAUGAUAUGGCUCUUGCUCUGUAUGAGGAAAUGCAGUCCAAUGGUGUUGAGGAAAAUGAAUUCUUGUUAGAUACAUUUGUGAAAAAUUUGAAAAAACUGGGUAAAAUGGAUGAAGCUGAGGCCAUUUUUAUGGAUAUGACAUCUAAGGGUUUGUCACCCGAUCAUGUGAAUUACACAUCAUUGAUAGACGGACUCUUUAAAAAAGGGAAGGAGUCAGAUGCUCUUCAAUUGGUCGAAGAAAUGAAAGAGAAAAAAAUAUGCUUUGACACAAUAGCGUGGAAUGUACUGCUUAACGGGUUAUUGGGAAUUGGUCAGUAUGAGGUACAGUCUGUUUAUGCUGAAAUUAGGAAACUUGGUCUAGUUCCAGAUGUUCAAACUUUCAAUUCUUUAAUUGAUGCUUACUGCAAAGAGGGGAAGCUGGAAAGUGCUGUCAAAGUCUGGGUUGAAAUGAAGAGCAGUGGGAUAAUGCCUAAUUCAAUCACUUGUAAUAUAUUGGUGAAGGGACUUUGUGAAGUAGGUGAUAUUGAAAAAGCAAUGGAUUUGUUAAAAGAUGUGGUGACAAUUGGUUUUCGUCCUUCACCAGCUAUUCACAAAAUUGUUCUUGAUGCUGCUUCAGGCCAUAGAAGAGCAGAUAUAAUCCUUAGAAUGCAUGAGCGGCUUGUAGGCAUCGGACUUAAGCUUGAUCAUACUGUUCACAACACUCUUAUUGCUGUUUUAUGCAAGCUAGGGAUGACCAGAAAGGCAAUGUCAGAACUAGAAAACAUGAGAGAUAGAGGAUUUUCAGCUGAUACUACCACUUAUAAUGCCUUCAUACGUGGAUAUUGCAAAAGUUACCAAUUCCAAAAGGUUUUUGCAACAUAUUCACAGAUGCUGGCUAAAGGAGUUCCUCCUAAUGUUGCAACAUACAACACUAUGUUAGCAUCUCUGUCAGCCGUUGGACUGAUUAAUGAAGCAGUUGAUUUGUUCAAUGAAAUGAAGGGAAGGGGUUUUGUCCCUAAUGCUAAUACAUAUGACAUUUUAGUCUCUGGCCAUGGAAAAAUUGGAAAUAAAAAGGAAUCCAUCAAACUUUACUGUGAGAUGAUUACAAAAGGUUUUGUUCCUCGCACUAGCACCUAUAAUGUACUCAUCUUUGACUUUGCUAAGGCGGGAAAAAUGAGACAGGCCCAGGAACUAAUGCACGAGAUGCAAGUCAGAGGGGUAAUACCAAAUUCUUCAACAUAUGACAUAUUAUUGGUUGGAUGGUGCAAGCUAUCAAAAAGGCCGGAGCUUGAAAGGUCAUUGAGACUGUCAUGCCGGAGUGAGGUAAGGAAGUUACUUGAAGAGAUGAAAGAUAAAGGUUUCACUCCAAAAGAAACCACCCUUUGUUAUAUCAAUCCUGGCUUUUCAAAAUCGGGAGAAAAUGAUACAGAAUGGUGGUUGAACAGAUGGCACAAGACAAAGCAGAGUUGAUUCUUGAAAAAAUAAGAAGUUACUUAAGGAUGGAAUUCUCUUAUUUUUUUUUGUUUCUCUCUUGAAACAUCAGGUUAGUUAUGUGGAUGAGAGAACCGAGUAGAUGAGAAGAAAAAUAAAGCAAAGGACCUGAAGAAAAAGAAGGAGAGAAAUCAGGACAAUUAUAUCUGCUUUUCAAGAAUUUCCAACCAACAUGAUGAGGCUUGAAGCAAAGUUUCGAGGAUAAGUCUGCACUUGAAGCUAAAUGCCAGAACAUGUAUGAACCAUUGAAUACAGUGGUUCUUCCUGAUUUGGUUGCCCGGUCCACAUUCCAGUCAGGCCUAGACUUGAAGGGGGAUGUUAGAUUGGGUUAUAGUCCCACAUUGGUUGGGGAAUGGACUGGUGGUUUGCUUAUAUAGACUUUGGCAAUCCUCCCCUCAUGAGCUAGUUUUUGGGCUUGAGUUAGGCCCAUGUCUUUACAAAGCAUGAAUGAGGUUGUGGAAGUGUGGGUGUUAAUACAGCUCCCGAUUCCCAUGAGGAGCAUGAGAAGACUGAAAUGGUUUAAGUUAUUUAUUCGAUAUUCCUUUCAUCCAUGCAUAUUGAUUAGUAGGCUUUAACUUUGUUAUUUGUGUGCAAUUUUGGUGCAGAGAGGUGUAUUCAAUUUUUGGCAGACUGCAAUGAGGAUUAAUGAGAUAUUCACAGAGGAGGGUUGGGAUUUAUUUUUUAGAAGACUUCUCAAUGAUUGGGAGGUGGAAAGAUUGGCUGAGUUAUUAGGGAUGCUACUAGAUGGAGUGAUCAUAAACACAAAUGCCACAGACAGGAUGUUGUGGAAGCACAACAAAGAUGUCCUUUCUCAGUCAACAUUGCUUACAGAAGAGAUCUCCAGGUGAUGGCAGGGAGACCAAAACACCUCUGGAAAUAUUUUUGGAAGGGGGAUAGCCCUAAAAAAGUGAAAUGCUUCACUUGGCUAGUGAUAAAGAGAGCUUGUUUAACACAGUAAGUACUUCAGAUCAGAAAGGAGAUACAACUGGUUCCUAGGUGUUUUUUAUGCAAUAUGACAAGUGAAACUAAUAGCUACCUUUUCUUGCAUUGUAAUUUCACUGCUCAAUUCUGGAAUUUGUUCCUUAGCAUUUCAAAUCUGUAGGACAAUGUCAGAAUGUACAUCAGACCUGUUGAAGAGCUGGGUAAGGAGAGGAGGCACCAAGAGUCAAAGGAGGUAGUGAAGGUUAAUACCAUCAUUGUAUAUGGUGGUCAGUUUGGAAGAAAAGGAAUGGUAGAUGCUUCAAAAAUAAAUCCAAUUCCUUACACAAGGUCAAAUGGAAUUGUAUAGUAUCUCUAACUUUUGGUGUAAACAAUUGUGUAGUAGAUACAGAUCAGAUUGUAGAUUUGUUAGGAUAUCUGUAAUUGACACAUUUUGGUGGUGGCCAGCAUGCCCUUAAUGCUGAAGAAUACAAUCUUACCAGUUUUUUAAAAAUAAAAAUAAAUUACCAAUCAUUUAACUGA